AUGGUAAGAUUUGGAAAUGUGAUGAAGGCAAUGCCUCAAAUCGAUAAACAACAACCACGGGCUAGCGAGGCCAUGGCAACGGGUCAAGUUCUACACCAAACUUCAAAAGGGGCACCAAAGUCACCGAUUAGGAUGAUGUUGGGUGGGUUUGUUGUUAUUGGCGCUCUUGCUUACUUUACACUGUAUUAUCAUAAGAAACCUGAGGCCACGGCUUUGGACGUGGCCAAAGUUGCUACGGGCACUGCAAACUUGGGAAACACUCGUCCCCAAAAGUGA